AGUAAUUACAACAAAUAUUGAGAGCAGCAAAAUGGAGAGAAAGCCUCUCGAAGUCGAGUCAACGGAUGACCAGAAACCUUCAUCCGCCGUUUACGGUGGCUCUGUUGCGGCGGUUGAUUCGGUUGAGGAAAAAGUCGUUUAUAGAGGCUGGAAAGUCAUGCCCUUUAUCAUUGGAAAUGAGACAUUUGAGAAGCUAGGGAUCAUAGGAACACUAUCAAACCUUCUGGUGUAUUUAACUGCUGUCUUCAACAUGAAGAGUAUCACAGCUGCAACCAUCAUCAAUGCCUUUAGUGGCACAAUCAAUUUCGGAACUUUCGUUGCUGCUUUCCUCUGCGACACUUACUUCGGUCGUUACAAGACUCUAACCGUCGCUGUCAUCGCCUGUUUUCUUGGAUCACUUGUGAUACUGUUGACUGCUGCAGUGCCACAACUGCAUCCAGCUCCAUGUGGAACAGCGAGCUCGUGUACAGGGCCAAGUGGUGGCCAGAUAGCGUUUCUUCUGAUGGGUCUCGGGUUUCUUGUAGUGGGAGCAGGCGGGAUCAGACCGUGUAAUUUAGCAUUCGGGGCUGAUCAGUUUAACCCCAAAAGCGAGUCAGGGAAAAGAGGGAUUGAUAGUUUCUUCAAUUGGUAUUUCUUCACCUUCACUUUUGCGCAGAUCUUGUCGCUGACACUAGUCGUCUAUAUCCAGUCUAACGUCAGCUGGACCAUCGGUUUAACCAUACCGGUCGUUCUAAUGUUCUUGGCCUGCGUGAUCUUCUUUGCCGGAGAUAAGCUGUAUGUGAAAAUCAAGGCCUCGGGUAGUCCAUUGGCCAGUAUAGCUCAAGUUAUCACGGUUGCAAUUAAGAAACGUGGAUUAAAGCCAGCGAAACAGCCUUGGCUUAACCUUUACAAUUACUACCCACCAAACUACGCAAACUCCAAGCUCAAAUACACCGACCAAUUCAGAUUUCUUGAUAAAGCGGCGAUCUUGGCUCCGGAAGACAAGUUGGAGGCCGAUGGUAAGCCUGCGGAUCCAUGGAAGCUCUGUACAAUGCAACAAGUUGAAGAAGUCAAGUGCAUAGUGAGAGUGCUUCCUAUAUGGUUUGCUUCAUCAAUCUACUACUUAACCAUAACCCAACAAAUGACUUACCCCGUCUUCCAAGCCCUCCAGAGCGAUCGUCGCUUAGGCUCGGGAGGAUUCGUGAUUCCGGCAGCCACCUACGUGGUCUUCUUGAUGACAGGAAUGACGGUUUUCAUCAUUAUCUACGACCGUGUCCUCGUGCCUACCUUAAGAAGAAUAACCGGUCUAGACACAGGGAUAACGCUCUUGCAGAGAAUCGGAACCGGCAUUUUCUUCGCCUUUGCAAGCUUAGUAGUCUCCGGUUUCGUGGAGGAACGGAGGAGAACUUUCGCGCUGACUAAACCAACACUCGGUAUGGCGCCAAGAAAGGGAGAGAUCUCUUCAAUGUCAGCUAUGUGGCUGAUUCCACAGCUCACACUCGCGGGUAUAGCCGAGGCAUUUGGAGCGAUUGGACAGAUGGAGUUUUACUACAAGCAGUUUCCCGAGAACAUGAGGAGCUUCGCGGGUUCGAUCUUUUACGUGGGAGGAGGAGUUUCGAGCUAUCUCGGUAGCUUCUUGAUUGCAACGGUUCACAGGACGACGCAGAACUCGGCGGGUGGUAACUGGUUAGCAGAGGAUUUGAACAAAGGAAGACUGGAUUACUUCUAUUUCAUGAUCGCUGGAAUCUUGGCAGUUAAUUUUGCUUACUUCUUGGUGAUGUCAAGAUGGUAUAGGUACAAAGGAAGUGAUGAUGAAGCAACAACUUAUGAAACCAAUGGAGAUGUCACCAAACAACAAGACAAGAACACUGUCUGAUGAUUAUGGGUUUCUCAUCUUCUGUAAGCUUCGAGACUUAGUUUUUGGUCAGCUUCCAUCCCCUUACACUCUUUUGGAUUUCUUGGAAUAAGCUGUAGAGAUAUGAAGUAAUGAUAUACUUG